AGUGCAGCAGCAGUAGCAGCAGAAGUAGCAGCAGCAGCUCAGUGACCAGCAAUGACCACCGCCGGCAUGAACAUGGGAAGAAUCAUCUUCUACGAGGACAGGAACUUCCAGGGCCGCUCUUACGAGUGCAUGAAUGACUGCUCCGACAUGACCUCCUACCUGAGCAGGUGUCACUCCUGCAGGGUUGAGAGCGGCUGCUUCAUGGUCUACGACCGCCCCAACUUCAUUGGAAAUCAGUACUUCAUGAGAAGGGGCGAGUAUGCUGACUACCAGAAUCUGAUGGGAAUGACCGAUGGUAUCAGGUCCUGCCGCAUGAUCCCAAUGCACAGGGGAUCCUUCAGGAUGAGGAUCUACGAGAGGGAGAACUUCGGAGGUCAAAUGCAUGAGAUUCUGGAUGACUGCGAGUCCAUCAUGGAGCGGUACCGCAUGUCUGACUGCCAGUCCUGCCACGUGCUGGACGGCCACUGGCUGAUGUACGAGCAGCCCCACUACAGAGGCAGGCAGAUGUACAUGAGGCCUGGAGAGUACAGGAACUUCAGGGAGAUGAGCGGAGGCCUGGAGAUGAGGUUCAUGAGCAUGAGGCGUAUCACUGAUAUGUGCUAGAUGUCUUGUGUUGACCAAAUAAAUAAAUUGGUAAUAUUUUAA